AUUCCCAUUGAGACAUAGCCCAAAGCUAUCAAGUGAGAAGACUACAACAGAAGUUGGUAGUUAUUCUGUCUUUUUGGGUGCCUUGUUUAACCAUGGAUUCCACAUACUACUUAAGGUUUCUUUUUGCCUUGUUCCCUGCUUAUGCAACCUGUUUGGGGAAUUAUGAAGGGCGCUUGCCAACCGCUAAUUUGCAAGGAGUUUCAGCCCAUACUUUUCCUGUGAUUGGCCCUGAGGUGAAACAAAUGGGAAACCUGAAUAACCCCGUUUAUAUUUCUGCUCGCCUGCCCCACCAUCGAGGCACCCACGGAAGUUAUGAUGCUCAUACAGAAAGACUGUUUACAGGAUCAAACGUGAAAUCAGAUUCAAAGGAUUGUCAGACUUCUGCCAAAACUGACAAUCAAGACAAUCAUAUGAUUACCUACAAGCCUUCUGCUUCUGUUCCAAAAUAUGACUUGUCAGGUUUUGGUCAGCCCUCUGUUCAGUAUGAGUCUCAUGCAUCAGCUGAUCACUUCAAAAACAUGCAGCCUGGUAGCCAGCUGGCUUCUGCUACUUCUCAAAGCAGGUCCACCUUGAUGAGAACCCUAAAAGUACCUGAACCAAACCCUUUAAAAUCCUCUAGAGGUGAAUCUAGUUUUGAGGUGGCUAAAACUGUUGGAUCUAACGAGGUCUUUGUCGUAAAGCCUCCUAAAAGCACACAUGGCCAAAUGGAAUUCACCUCUGGAGUUAGUAGAGACCCACUUGUAAGAGGCCCUAUCUCAAGCCUGAUUUCCCAUCAGCAUAGUUCAUCCCAGGGUACUAGCAAUGUCCAGACAGCCAGUAGCAGUUAUGGACCAUUUUUGAGGGGAGUCCCUGUGUAUUCAAGUAUGAAUUCAAGAAAACCCCCUCACAGUGGACUUAAAUACACUGAGGCCAAGCCUUCAGUUGUUAGCUCGGGGCCAAUCUUUCUAGUUCAAGGUGGAGUAAGUGCUCAAGGUCUUGGGGGCUUUAGUGGGCCUCCAGAUUCAGUAAAACCACCUGGAGUUCCCAGUCAUGUUGACCCCUAUCAAGCCAGUCAGAUCUCUAGAGAUACCAGAUUGACUUCCAGCAGUCAGAGCAAUUCAUGGAAUGAACCUCUUCAGCACUCCAUGAGUGGAACUCAACACAGACCCAGCUCUGAGCCAAGAAAACCCUCCAAAAGUGACUGUAAGGACAAUGUUGCUCAAUCUUCAAUUGUCAGCUCUGGUGGGAUACUACUUAAGGCUCCAGAAAGUUCUCAGAGAAACAAGUUACCACCUAACUAUGAAAGUACUCGCCCCAAAUUCCAGCAGACCUACAAUAUCCCUGGUCAACCUAGCCAAAUCUUUAAGCCCACGUACCCCUCUCGAAGCGGGGCUCAACGUGAUGCGACCAAGUCCUCAAUUGCCAGUUCUGGUGCCAUCCAUAUAAUACAGGCUCCUGCAAAUGUUCAAAACAGAGCAGAAUUCAAUAGACCCAAAGUUCAUCAGCGCUUUCCAGAGCGCAAAGUACCAUUUGCCCCUGGUCAGUCUGCUCCUCAAUACCAGCCUUUUGAAGCGAACCAGAAUAUCAGAAAUGUCCAACCAGCCACUAGUACUUAUGCCAGCUCUUCCCAGACUGGGUAUCAGGCCGUCUCCUCUGUGAAGGGAACCUCAUACAGACAAAGUUCAGUGCCCUUAAAGCCUUCUAAAAGUAAAUUGGGAUUCAGUGCAACUAAGCCCAGUAUUGCUGGAAUGAAUGAGAUCAAUACAGUCCACGUUAGGCCUAAUAAACCACUGACAAGCAGCUUUGGUAGUUUUCAGAACCAAUGGGCUUCUGGUGACCUCAGCAGUGGUGCUUUCCAAAGUUCCCAUGGCCAGAGGCCAGGUCAAAAUGUACAAAAGCCUGUUAGUUCUUCAGCCCACUGUUCCACAGGAGUCCAAAGUCAAGAUGGCACCAGACUUAUUACUGCCAUUCCAAGUGGGUUCGGCCAAGGCGCCAUCCGAAGGAUUUCUCCUACACGUUCCAGCAGCUACAGACAAGCUGAGCAAGUUAACAGUUUGGAUUUCUUGGCCUCCAAGUGUGAAGGGACCCAAAAUAGCCCUGAAGGUCUUGAUCAACAGGGCCAAGUCAGAUUCCAGGAUGUGAACCCCUCCAUCUAGAAGCCGUUUUCAACGUCUGCUAUAAACCUUGAUUAGGUGUGUGUUGGGGGGCUGUCAGUCAUCAGGCUCCGGUCUCUGCAAGGACUACAGGAUGCUCUGACUGAUCCAGUGCGUUGCUGUUCAGUGAUCAUUGAAACUGUGGACACAGGGAACUGUCCUGGCAAUUUAUGACUCUAUUCUUGAUGCACCACCCUUUCAAAGACUCUACAUUUAAUAAACUUGACUUUAAACUUACAAA